GUCGACACUUGACUGGUUAACAGCACUGUCAGUCACAAGGAUAGCAACAUCGUUUCCGCUGUCAAGAAAACGAAACAGUGCUGGAAAGUUAAACCCGAAGUGAGGGUGAAAUGAUUCAGUGUAUGACUAUCUGUUGAAAUUUAGUGCACAGUGCUUGGUGUCCAUGGCUAUGUAUGAUGAAGAUAUUUCAAGAAACCCUUUCUAUUUAGCUCUUCAGAAGCAAAAGCCUGAUGCCGCCAACCGUGUAGCAGAACUACAUGGAAUUGUGUUGGUGCCAUGCAAAGCUAGCUUGUCAAGAGGCAGCGUGGCUGCUGCCCACUUUGAAUCUUAUGUCCUGUAUCCUGUGGAUGAAGCUGGUAGUAGUUACCAGACAUUAAAUGGAAAAGAAGUUACCAUCAGAGGAAACCUAAUUAGUUUGGGUGUUGGAUUUAGCUCACCAUGCACAAUACGUAUUCUUUUUGAAGAAACUUUCUACAAUGAGAAAGAAGAAAGUUUUAGCAUUCUAUGUAUUGCCCGACCAUUGGAAAAGAAUUCCUAUUCAGAAGAAAAUCCCUCAGCUUUCGAUUCCUACUGUCUGAAAAACUUUGAGGAUGCCAAAGAAUUUUUGGGUCGACAAUUAUUCAAAGUUGAUAAGUACAUCAAUGCUUUCCGAAACUCCUUUAAAGAGCUUGAAAUAAAAAGUCUACGGCAUCAUAUAGAUGAAGUAAAUGCACUCUAUACAAAAUGCCUUCAGUAUCUUCUGAGAGACUCAAAAUUGAAAAUCUUGAUCAAGCAGGAGGUGCAAAUGGCCUUGCUGAAACAAGCUGUUGAAAUGUAUGUACUACAUGGUAUCCAUGAUCAGAUUUUUAAGAGUGUGGGAACUAUUGAGGCCAGUCAGGAUGCUGCUUUCAAUAAAACCACCCGAAGUCUACAAGAUCUUCAACUGAAAGAUUUAGGAAUCAAGUCACAAUUCAGUAUAAAUAUACCUCGUGCCAAGCGGGAGUUGAGUCAUCUGAACCAGUGUACCAGUCCACAACACAAACUGAUCUGCUUACGAAAUGUAAUACAUGUGAUCAUGCAGUCCCCAAGUCAAAGAGUUAAUAAACAUUUUAUGUCGGCUGAUGAUCUACUACCUGUUUUGCUUUAUUUACUGGUCAAAACAGAAAUCCCAAACUGGAUGGCUAAUCUCAGUUAUAUCAAGAAUUUUCGAUUUUGCAGUCCGGUCAAGGAUGAGCUGGGAUACUGUUUAACUUCCUUUGAGGCCGCAGUAGAUUAUAUUCAUCAGGGCAACCUGACUCUUGGUCAGCCUGGAUCAGGAGAACUAAAUGAUAAAACAUUUUUUAGAGAAAGAAUGAACUUGCUGUAUCAGCCGUCAUCAACCCCAAUUGAUAUUUUGUUUGAGCACAUUGCAACUGGUAGUCAGGCAGAAGUGGAAACACUGUUGAGUGAAGGUGAACCUAGUGAAGACAGUGUGCAAAAGAUGUGCCAUCCCCUCUGCUUCUGCGAUAGCUGUGAAAAGCUCGUGUCAGGUAGGAUGAAUGAUCCAUCUAUUGUCACUCCAUCUUCCCGAGAUGACCGGGGUUACACCCCACUGCAUGUAGCUGCUUUCUGUGGCCAACCAAUGAUGAUUGAUGUGUUGGUGUCAAAAGGAGGUGUCGUUAAUGCUACAGACUAUCAUGGGUCCACCCCACUUCACCUUUCUUGUCAGAAGGGGUAUCAAAAUGUCACUUUGCUACUGCUGGAUUACAAGGCCAGCACUGAGAUACAAGAUAAUAAUGGAAAUACAGCACUUCAUUUGGCUUGCAUGCAUGGUCAUGAAGAUUGUGUCAAAGCCCUGGUAUAUUACCAAUUAUAUGCCUGCAACUUAAACAUGACAAAUGACAAGGGUGAUACACCUCUCCACAUUGCAGCUCGAUGGGGUUAUGAUGGUAUCAUUCAGGUUCUACUGGAGAAUGGAGCUAAUACUGAUGUUCAGAACAAGAUGAAAGAAACCCCACUGCAUUGUGCACUCAAUUCUAAGAUAUUAGAUUUGCUGGAAAUUACCUUCAUUAAUACUGACAGGCAACAGAGCUAUCAAGAGUCUAUUAACAGAUCCCCUCAGUCUUUCACUGAUGUUGGUAGUCAGAAAUCAACUAUCUCCACUGCAUCAUCCAUAUCAGUUGAAAUGAAGCAAGAGGAAGAGAAAGGGAAGUACAAAGAGGUGGAAAAGUUAUUGCGAGCUGUGGCGGAUGGAGAUGUAGAAAUGGUACGAUAUCUGUUAGAAUGGGUGGAUGAAGAUUUAGAGGAGGAAGAUGGACUUGUGUUGAAACCGGAAUUCUGCCACCCUUUGUGUCGGUGUCCAAAGUGUGAACCUGCACAGAAGAAACUUUCCAGUAUUACUACAAAUGGAUUGAGUGUGAAUUCUGCCAACCAGGAUGGGUUUACUCCAUUACAUGUGGCAGCUCUGCACGGGCACUUUGAGUUGGUUUCACUACUGCUGCGCCACGGUGCCAAUGUAAACACGAAAAAUUCCAAUAAUUCAACCCCACUCCACCUGGCUUGUCAGCACAGUGACCUACAGAUAGUAAAAUACUUGCUGAAUUAUAAUGCAAAAUUGAAUAAGAAAGAUUUGUAUGGUAAUACACCAUUGCUGCAUGCUUGCCUUGGAGGCUAUCUGGAAAUAGCUGAGUUGCUGCUGGAGCACGGCGCCUCUGUUAAUGUUGCCAACAACCAAGGAAACACUGCUCUGCAUAAGGCUGUAAAGGGACAGUAUGAAACUCUUGUCCAUCUGCUUGUGUGCAAUGGAGCAUCAGUCAGUUUGAGAAAUAAACAACAGUGUACACCAGUGGACUUUGCAGAAGCAGUCUGUGGGAAGAGUGUGGAGAUUCUGAAGAUUCUCAAAACUGUACCCACUCAAGUAACGGAAGUAGACAAUGUAUAUGGAGUAAAUGCCAUUCGGAAACCAGAGCUUGUAAAUGUCAAAAAGAAAUCUGAUAUACUUAAGAAGCUAGAAGCAGCUGAUGAUUCAGACAGUAAAAGAACACAGCUGACACGAUCCAUAAAUCAAUUUGAUAAAUCCAGGAAUUUAAAAAAGACUAUUACGAGAGAUAAAAGUAUCCCUAAGUUUGAUGAACAAUUAAUCCAUCAGUUGGCGAUCAAGACUUCUGACAAAACAACAUUAAAACAAGUCGAAACGGAAGAUCACAGUGGAUCAUCACUUCCUAUUUCUGAAGCUGAACAUGAAACUGAGAGAGAAAGGCUAACUACGACUAUUGGCAAAACUGGUUACCCAAGCAAGAGACACACAAGUUUGUCUGAUAAAGUGGAUGAUGUUAAUGGCAACAAUGAAUUUGUGGAAAAAUUUGGAGAAUUUUGUAAUCACUCAGAAGAUUUUGAAAUGACUCAAGAUGCAAAGAUAGACAAUCACAACAAUUCAACUUUUCCUGAAAUUAAAAAAUAAGAGGUGCUUCAGAAAAGAAACAUAAGACAACUAAUGUGGAUUUCAGCAGUAUUCAAAAGAAAUGCACCUCCUUUAAUCUUCUAAACACUUCAAAACUGAAGCCUUGGAUAAAGAUUAACACAAUUCGAGGAAAAACACUUCCACAAUGAGGUCACAAAGGGAAAAGCACUUCAGACCAAAAGGGUAAAGGUAUUGCAGUAGCAAUAUUUUAUUUUGCACUUGAAUAGGGAAAUGGAGCUUCAUCAAUAAGCUGCUAUGUAGUAUUCCAUGCUAUCUGUAUUGUGCAUAUGUAUAUAAAAAUGAUUCACUCCCAAUUAUUGAUAGUGUUUUUAACUUUAAGACUUGAACAUAUCAAAAGUGUAUUUUUUAAACUCUUGCCAAUCUUCCUGUCGAGGUUGUUUCUCUUGUGUCUGUUUUUGAAGGGAACUUUCUAUAACUAUAUGUGCCUUAUAUUUAAUUUAUAAAUGUGUGUAAGCAAUGUGACUGAAAAAAUACAUAUUCAAAAUAAAAUUUAAUUUUUUACUCUCCCCACCCCCACUUCAGUGAGGUUUUAAGGAUAGAUAGUGUAAGUCAAGACUAAUCUACUGAUAGGUGUCCCUGAAUCAUAAAUUCAGGUCACUUCUCUAAAGACCUAUUUGUUUUGACUUUUUAAAUGGUAACAGCUAAUGACUCACUUUAUCAAAACAGUUUUCUCGAUAUAUAUCUAUCUAUAGAUAAAUUCAAGCUAGCUUUAUACAAUCACAUGUUACUGGCACGUAUCAAGGUACAUUUGUAAAUGUCUCAAUGUACAAGAUUUCACUUUUAAAAUUGUAAUAAGAUUGUUCACAUUUUAAUGUUUUUUACAUCUACCUAGGUUUUAAAAACAAAUAUAUUUAACUUAUCAUAACUUAAAAACAGUGAAAGGAAAUGCAUUGUUUUUAAAGGGGAAGAUAAAGCCUUUAUAAAUUAUUUUGUGCUGGAUGUUUAAGAAAAUCCUAAUAUCAUUUAGAAAUUAUAACGUAGGCAAAAAUUUGAAAUUAUUUUAAUAUCUUCCAAUUUGCAACAGAGGUAUGAUUACCUCUAAGUAAUCAUUAUUGAUUAAUUAGCUGGGAUACCCAAAGAUUUUGUUGGUAUCUACAAAUAAGUUAUGGGAAAAACCUUGAACAUGGUGAUGCUCAAAAUGAAAUGGAACUAUUGAGAAAGUAUUUUUGUUUAUGGGAUUAUUAGAAAUCUGCAAAGCGUUGUGGGCAGUUAUAAAAUGAAAGGUUGUCAAUCUUCCUUUCAAAAUGCAACAUUUCUCUGUAUUAAACUGCUUUCACCAUUUGUUUUUCCUGUUCAUCAAACUUAUGCUGUCCCUAAGUCUGUUACUAUUCUCUGUAUCUAAUUUUAGUAUCAUUGCAUCUGCAAACUUUGUAAUUAUACUCUUCAUAUCCAAGUUCAAGCCAUUAGUAUCACAGUGAAUACUUGUUGCCCAAAGCAUGAGUAUUUGAACAGUACAUCCAUUAACAGUACCCUCCAGAAUGGGAAAAAAAAAUCAUUUAGUGUUUUGCUUACAACACACAUCAAAGUUGCUGGUGAACGCUGCAGGCCAGGCAGCAUCUCUUGGAAGAGGUACAGUUGAUGUUUCAGGCUGAGACCCUUUGUCAGGGCUAACUGAAAGAGCUAGUAAGAGAUUUGAAAGUGGGAGGGGGAGAUUCAAAAUGAUAGGAGAAGGCAGGAGGGGGAGGGAUGGAGCCAAGAGCUGGACAGUUGAUUGGUAAGAGGGAUAUGAGAGGAUCAUGGGACAGGAGGCCUAGGGAGAAAGAAAAGGGGGGGGGAGCCCAGAGGGACAGAGGGAGAAAAAGGAGAGAGAAAAAGAAUGUUUGUAUAUAUAAAAAUAAAUCAAUAAAUAACUGAUGGAAUAUAAGGGGGAGGUGGGGGCAUUAGCAGAAGUUGAGAAGUCAAUGUUCAUGCCAUCAGGUUGGAGGCUACCCAGACGCAAUAUAAGGUGUUGUUCCUCCAACCUGAGUGUGGCUUCAUCUUGACAGGCCGUGGAUAGACAUAUCAGAAUGUGAAAGUAAAAAAGGAUCAAGUGUUUUCCUGAUGUAUAUGAUAAACUCAUCUCAGCCUACCAUCCAGGUCCAGGUAUCGAUUUUAGCUCGUAUUUCAAUGACAAACUCUGCCAUCUUCAUCAGGGAUGAUGUCAAAGC